AUGCUGCUGUCAAAACCUGCCGCUUGUGCUGUUGGCAGUCCUCUGCACCUACCACAGCUCCACCGGUCGCAGUCUGCAGCAGUCCACACACGUUCUCAUUCAGAGGUCUUUGUUUCCCUUGCACACACGUUCACAUUGACCUGCCGUGUCCAGUCAAGCAUGCCUUCACGUCCAUGUCUGGUACACAAAUCCUUCAAAAGUCAUCUUCACCCAAGAUCAUCCAACCUUCAACCUCUCUUGUCUCUACUCUGUAUUUUGCUCAGCCUUUUCUCCUUCGACACAUCGGCAUUAGCUGCAUCACAAGCAACCAUGUCCGAGAUUGAUCGCCAUGCCCUCCUCUGCUUCAAGUCCGGCAUCAGCUCUGAUCCCCUUGGCAUCCUACGCUCAUGGAGCAAUGGCUCGCUUGACUUUUGCAGCUGGAAAGCGGUCGCUUGCGGCACCAAGUUUCCACCCCGGGUGGUCUCUCUUAACCUCACCGCCGCUCGUCUUGGUGGGCAGUUAUCUGGAUGCGUCGGCAACCUGACAUUUCUUUCUCGGAUGAACCUUGCUGAUAAUCAUCUGUCAGGAACCAUCCCUGGAGAGCUGGGUAAGCUUCCAAACCUCCAUACACUGAAUCUUGCCGGCAGCAAUUUUCAAGGUAACAUCCCUGAUUCACUAGGCACUAGCAGUUUUCUUACCUACGUCAAUCUUGCAAACAACACUCUUACUGGUGGCAUCCCUCUCUCACUGGCCAAUAGCGCCUCACUCAGCACACUUAUACUGUCACGUAAUAACCUCUCUGGGGAGAUCCCUUCUACUUUGUUUGGUAAUUCAUCCAAGCUUACCGUCGUUGAUCUCCAGAUGAAUUUUUUCACUGGUCCCAUCCCACAUUUCCAUAAGGUCACAACACUCAAAUUUCUUCGUCUGACAGACAACUUCCUCUCUAGGAGCAUACCUCCUUCAAUAGGAAAUGUUUCUUCCCUCACUUCUAUAUUGCUCGGCCGAAAUAGGUUAUCGGGAUUAAUUCCAGAGACUUUGAGUCACACUGCAAAACUGCUUGAGCUUGAUCUAAGUUUCAACGGCUUAUCAGGGAGUGUCCCGUUGUCUUUUUACAACAUGACAUCACUCGAAUUCUUCAAUGCGGGCAGCAAUGCCCUUGUUGGACAGAUGCCAUCUCACAUUGGUUUCUCACUACCAAACCUCCAGAUCCUUGUCAUGGGAAGCAACAGGUUGGAGGGCCUGAUCCCUGCUUCACUAUCCAACAUGUUAAAUCUCCAAACACUUGAUCUUUCAAACAACUUGUUACAUGGCUCUGUGCCAUAUCUUGGUUCUUUGGCAAACUUACGUCGGUUGGAUUUAGGAAUGAACUUGCUAGAAGCACAUAACUGGUCAUUCCUUACAUCUCUAGCAAAUUGCACCCAGCUGACAAAGUUGUCCUUGGAAGGGAAUCUUCUAAAUGGCAGCCUACCUAUAUCAACUGUUAAUCUUUCCAGGAGGCUAGAACAUUUAUCGCUUGGGUCAAACCAAAUUUUGGGCUCCAUACCUGUUGAGAUUAGCAAUUUUGUUAAUCUCACUUCACUUGGGAUGGAGAGUAAUUUUCUUUCUGGAAGCAUACCUUCUACCAUCGGGAAGCUACAGAACCUAUACAUCCUGAAUCUAUCAAAGAACAAAUUAUCAGGUCAGAUCCCUCCCUCAGUGGGUGGCAUUACUCAACUGGGCAAACUUUAUCUUGAUGAUAACAACUUGAGUGGAAACAUACCUGGUAGUUUAGGUCAGUGCAAGGGACUUCUUGAACUAAACUUGUCUCGGAACAAUCUUGACGGGUCAGUACCAGACGAACUGUUUGCUUAUCCUCCACUCUCCUUGGUUCUGGACUUCUCACACAACAAUCUCACAGGGGAACUACCAUUGGUAGUUGGUACACAUAGCAGUGGUGGUCCAGUAUCCCUUCACAUGGAAGGAAACAAGUUUCAUGGACAGAUUCCAGAAAGAUGGCAUCUAUUUUUUCCUGUUGAAUACUCCUGCAAAAUACUGCUGGCGAAAAUAUCGGCCUCCUCCGGUGCCCAAGGAGCAAGAAAGUGGACCAAGCCGAUAUUUAGGGUUUGUAAAAUUCAAGGUCAAUGCUUCAUUCCACGUCGACAAAGGGUUAGGCUCAGUCAUUGUCGAUACUAA